UCCUGAUGCGCUCCGCCGGGAACAUCAUCGAUAACCCCUAACCCCAAACCCCCCCUCCUCCCAACAGAACGACGGCAAGCGCAUAUCGUAAACAUGGACGCCGCGUCGAUUGAGGAGCUCAACAAGGUCCGGCUGGCGAUGGGCAUGAAGCCCUUGCCGGUCCCGGGCAAAGCACCGGCAUCCAAAGAACCAACGCCCGAGAGGGAAUUGGGCGACGAUGGGAAACCACUCAACACCCUCGAGGCCCGCGAAGCCGCCGCCUACGAGAACUUCCGCAAGGUUCGAGAGGCCGAAGAAGCAAAGAGGAAACGUGAGGCCAAAGCAGCCGCCAUCAAAAAGGCGCGAGAACUGGCGCAGCGGAAUGCCGUGGUGGAAGGCAAGGGGCUGGCCGACGAUGACGAUGAGGACGUGGACGUAAAGUCGUGGCUCAAGAAUCAGAAGAAGCGCCAGAAGAAGAUCGAAGCUGCGCGAAAGGCCGAAGAGGAGAAAGCCGCGGCCGAGGCAAAGGCUGCCGAGCACACGGCCGCUGAUUUGGCUGGCGUCAAGGUCGCGCAUGACCUGGCAGCCUUCCUCGACGCGGAAGACCAGAUACUGACACUGAAAGAUACGGGAGUACUGGAGAACGAAGAAGAGGGGGACGAGCUGGAGAACUUGGCGCUUCGCGAGCAGGAGAAGCUGCAGGAGAGGCUCGAGCUGAAGAAGAAGAAGCCCGUCUACGAUCCUAAUGACAUUGACGAAACCGGCCAGGGCGGGAUCCUGUCAAAGUACGACGAAGAGAUCUAUGGAAAGAAGAAGAAAACCUUUACAUUAGAUGCAGCCGCGACAUCGACUGAACUGGCCGAUAUCCUCGCGGCGCCAGCCCAGAAGAGAAAGCAUCAGACGGUAGAUCUGGAUGAACUGGAGGACGCACCUGCACCGACAUCAGAUUACCUCGACCCAUCGGAGGUCAAGGUGAAGAAACCGAAAAAGAAAAAGUCAAAAGCUACAAGGCGGCGCCGAGAGGAUGACGACGACGUCCUGUUCCCUGCGGAUGCGCCCGAGGGAGACGAGCCUGCCCAGGACGUGGACAUGGACGUCGACUCUGCUGCGCCUACAUUCACGAAGAAGCCGAAGGUGGUGGACGACAAUUUUGUCGACGAUGAAGACUUGCAGUCCACACUGGCGCGCCAGAGGAAGGAAGCGCUCAAGAAGCGGAAGAAGUUACGGCCGGAGGACAUUGCGAAACAGGUUCGGGAAACCAGCGAGAUCCCGGAAGGCGAAGAAGGUCCAGAAGGAAACGGCAUAGUCAUGGACGAGGUCAGCCGGUUCGUCGACGGCCUGCGCGCCGAGCCCGAUGAGGAUCGCAAGCCACGCAGACCCAAAUCGGAGGAACCACCCGCUGCAGCAGUCACGGCCAUGCAGGACGAGUCCUCGGAAGACGAGGAGAUGCACGACGCCGACCACCAACCGUCGGCCUCGCGCGAGGCCACGCCGCUCGCCGAUGUGCCCGCCACCGGGGUCGAAGAAGAGAAGACGGUGUCCCAGGGCCUGGGCGCGACCCUGGCCCUCCUCCGGGACCGGCACCUCAUCGAGGAGGGCAAGGGCGCCGAGCUCAACGAGAAGUUCCGCCAGCGGCAGCGCUUCCUCAACGAGCUGCACCGGCGCAUGGCGCUCUUCGACCAGGAGGCCAAGGCGCAGCGGGAGCGCGACCGGGCCAGCGGCCGCCUGGACCGCAUGUCGGCGCGCGAGCGCGAGGAGUGGCAGCGCCAGCAGAACGCGCUGCGCGACCAGCACCAGGCGCGCGUCCUGGACCAGCUGUUCCGCGAGGGCUACCGCCCGGAGGUCGAGCUCAAGUACGUCGACAGCACCGGCCGCCGGCUCGACGUCAAGGAGGCCUUCAAGGAGCUGUCGCACCAGUUCCACGGCAAGGGUUCCGGCAAGGGCAAGACCGACAAGAAGCUCAAGAAGCUGGCCGAGGAGAAGAGGCGCAUGGCGCAGAGCAUGCUGGAUGCCAGUCAGAACGUGGGCAUGAGCUCGGCCGCCUCGCAUCAGACCAAGAAGAGGAAAGAGGCCGGUGUCCGGUUGGCUUAAACCUCCCAGACGGUCGGCAAGGGAAGGGAGAGAGGCCGCCGGUAGGAGGAAACAGAGGCUCUGGGAU